AUGUCGGGUUCCAGCGCCUCAUCCUAUCCAUCGCGCUCAUCAUCGCCAUUGAAGCAGCAGAUCAUGCGUCUACGCAUUGACGAUACAGGUUUCGACAUACGCGAUCUCAAAGUUGACAAUCCUCCAAGCCCAGAGGUUGACCAUCUUUUGCAGAACUUGAACGAUAUCGGGAGUGGCCUUGAGUUUUCCCUGAUAAUCUGCGUGAUGAGAUUCUGGAAGCCCCAUGUUGUAAGGCAAAGACACACACCCUUGGAGGUUCUCUUUCAAAGUGCUAGUGACUUUGGGCAUCUUCCAGGACGUAUCCCUUCUCCACAAGAAGUGUCGCUGGUGUAUGAAUGCGCCAAAGACUGUCGCGACUUUGGGCAUGAAGAAGCAGGUUGGAAUGCAGAAGUACACCAGCGUCUGCUAGAAGCUGUCUUUAGAGAGCCUGGAAAGACGAGAGGAGGACUGUACAACUUUACAAUGUCCACCACUGCUCGGCCGCAUUCAAUGUGGCUACCCAAGUCAAUUAGAACCAAAAUGAUUGACUUUUGUAUAUAUGUCGACUUACAACAAGAGGAGCCAGAGUCCUUUCAAGCGCUCGAGUCUCUUUGCAGAACAACACCCACCACCACGGUCAAUCAUACCGACUUCGAGCGACUGCAGUUUCGUCCCAUUGUCCUGAGUAUUGAGACUAAGGGCCCAGCUCCAAGACUAGACACUGCAGAGGUCCAAAUGGGGGUAUGGCAUGCAGCGCAGUGGAAAUUCCUCCGUUCAACAGUGCUUGCGUCAUUACACAGCUCGGAAGAAGCAGAAAAACAGGCUGACGAGAUACUAUCCCGGUUACCAUUCAUCCCUGGUGUUAUCGUUCAGGGUCAUCGGUGGUAUUUUGUUCUGUCGACAUGGCACGGCUCAAGGACUACUUUUUGGGCUGAACGACUGUUCAGAAGCACCCAAAGUUACAGGGAACUAUAUCAGGUUAUAGCAGGGCUAAGGCACUUGACUUCUUGGGUAGACAAGUUCUACUUGCCCUGGUUUCGAGCACAUAUCUUGCCCAAGGAAACUUUUGCUAGUGGAUGA